AUGUCUAUCGCCCGCACGACCCUCCGUCUCCGCGUUCCUGCCCGCGCGGCGCGCGCCUACGCCACGGCUACCAAGCCCAAUACCGCGUACACCGCCGUGUCGCACCCCGACAAUGCGACGCCCGAGCCGACCAAGGCCAUGAUCCAGGAGCAGAGCCAGUACCUCCUCAACACGUACGCGCGCCCUCCGAUCCUCUUCACCCAGGGUAAGGGGUGCACGCUCACCGACUCUGCCGGCCGCGAGUACCUGGACUUUAGCGCGGGCAUUGCGGUCAUGGCCCUUGGCCAUGCUGACGCCCAGCUGAACAAGGUCAUGGCCGACCAGGCAGCCAAGCUGCAGCACGUCUCCAACAUCUACUGGAACGAGCACGCUGGUGAGCUCGCCAAGGCCCUUGUCGAGGGCACGCGCAAGGCCGGAGGCCUCGGUCUCGAUGACACGACUGGGGCUAAGGUGUUCUUUGCCAAUUCGGGCACUGAGGCCAACGAGGGCGCGCUCAAGUUUGCCCGCAAGUAUGGCAAGGACAUUGGCGGCGAGAGCAAGACUGGUAUCGUUUGCUUCAACAAUGGGUUCCAUGGCCGUUCUAUGGGCGCACUUAGCGUGACUACCAACCCCAAGUACCAGGCUCCGUUUGCACCGCUCAUCCCCGACAUCCGUGUUGGCAAGUACAACGACGCUGAUCCCGCCACGAUCGCGUCUCUUGUCGAUGAGAGCGUGUGCGGCGUUAUUGUCGAGCCUAUCCAGGGCGAGGGCGGUAUUGGCACAGCCUCCCCCGAGUUCCUCACUGCUCUUGCUAAGCGAUGCCGUGAGGUCGGCGCAGUACUUAUCUACGACGAGAUCCAGUGCGGUCUCUUCCGCACUGGCGACAUGUGGGCGCACUCUGCCCUGCCCAAGGAGGCGCACCCCGACAUUGUCACCAUGGCCAAGCCCCUCGCUAACGGCUUCCCUAUUGGCGCCAUCCUCGUUCGCGACCCGGUUGCCGAGGUCAUUGGCGUCGGACACCACGGCACCACAUUCGGCGGCCAGCCGCUUGCUGCUGCGCUCGGCGUGCAUGUCCUCCAGCGCCUGAGUGACCCUGCCUUUGCCGAGUCCCUCAAGAAGACGGCUGCCCACCUCGACGCCCGUCUUUCCGCCCUCCCGGCCAUGUUCCCUAGCUUGCUCAAGGACGAGAGCCGUGGCCGUGGGCUUAUUCGUGGUAUCCCGUUCAAGAACGAGAAGGCGCCUGCGGAGCUCGUCCGCCUCGCUCGCGAGCGUGGCGUCCUCCUCCUCACGGCUGGCUCUGACGCCGUCCGCUGCAUCCCGUCCCUUAUCGUUACGCCCGAGCAGUGUGACCACGCCGUCAACGUCAUGGAGAGCUGCCUUUCUCUUAUGGAGAAGGACUUUUAG